GUCAUGACGGAAUCGAUUUUGCUGAUUUUCUUGGGCUUGCUCGAACUCACCUAGAGCUGGCCGAGGUUGUUCGGUACCUCGAGACGACUCCAAAGAGAGUUCAGGCCUCAGAUGAGGCUGCGGACGGCAUGCUGGGCCACAUCACCACGGUCCAUAGCGAGGCGGAGUUGGAUGCCAUCGUCGCUUCGGGAAAGGAUGUUGUAGUGAAGCUGGCCUUCACCUGGUGCAGGCCGUGUAAGGCGUUCCUUCCUAGAUAUGAGAAGUACGCGAAAGUCUACAAAGACACGACCUUCUUAAAGAUCGUUGGGAACGAGAACGAGUCCUGCAAGCACUAUGCCAAGGAGGUCUUGCGAGCAAGAAUCUCCCCGAUGUUUGCCGUCUAUUCGGAAGGCAAGCUGCUGACCACUUGGAACGGUUUGGCACUCGGGUACUGUGGGCAGAGCUGGUUGUGU